AUGUCGCUCGAACAGCUGGCCGCCGUCCUCCCACCGGCGCUCCGAAAGCGAGUCCUCUUGGCCGCCAAGCAGCAUCCCGACACCGAGCCCAUCUUCCGAGAUCUGAUAUUGCACCAUGCCCCGCAACCAGCCCUCAACGACCUGGACUCGGACCCGGCCGCUGCCGACGACGCAGCCGAGUCAUACGACGAGCUCGCCUACGAUCUCGUCGUUCCUGGCAUCUCGUUCCAGAACCCGCGCAAGAAGCUGGAUCUGGCCCUCUCGGAUGACGACAUCACCCUGGUCGAGUCCUUGCCACAUGCCUCGUCCUCGCUGCCGACCCCCAGCUCGACGGGCCUGGCGUCGCCGGCUCGAAAGACCACCCGCUACUCCAUCGACUCACUCCAGAUUGGAUUCUGUCUACCGACGCCGAUGAAGCAGAAGCCCCAUUCGACGUUCUUCUUGAUCUUCAAGUCGGAUAUCAUAUCCUUUGGGGCCGAAGAUCUGGUUGUCAAGCCUUUGGAGUACAAGAACAAAGGCCAUUCCUACACUCUCGCCAAGGGCGAUAGCCUUCGAAAGCUGCUAGUCGACUACCUCUCUGCGGCGCUCGAGGGCCGGUGCGCUGGAUUCUUCAGCGUCGACAUGCCCGACUUGACUACCUUUGUUCCAGGGCCGUCGUCGGGUUCCUCGCUUGGAUCGCAGCCCUGUCCGCCCCCCGGCGUCGUCGCUCACAUCGGAGUCAAGGACGGUUUCCUGUAUUUGCUCAAGCGAGGCAUUCUAUUUGCCUUCCGAAAGCCUGCCAUCUGGAUUCCUGUCGAAGCCAUCUCGGCCGCUCAGCCCUUCGUUGUCGGCGGCAAGUCGUUUAAUCUGCUCAUCAGCACGCACGAUCAUCCCAAGUAUACGCCUGUCGGGAUUGACGCCGGAAAGACCGAGGUCGAGUUCAGCUUGAUCGACAUCCAGCAGCAAGAGCGUCUCAUGGGCUACUUUUCUCAGAACGUUGGCCGCACAAGGCCGAGCCCAGCCGCGGGAAGCGGCGCGGAACGACGGUCCAAAGCACCAUUGACGAUUGCCCACGGCGACCUCGGUGACAGUGAAGAGGAGGACGAAGACUAUGUGGCUCUGUCUGAGGACGAAGUGGACGAGGAGUUCGACUCGCAUCAUGAAACCGAUUCAGAACGUGAGAGCGAGGGCGAAGACGACGACCGAGGCACCAAGAAGGCAACCAAAAUCAGAGAUGCUGUCCAAGUUGACGCUGAGGGAGACGAGCAGGAUAUCAACGAGGAAGAAGAUGAAGAUGACGAAGAUGCGGACGAAGAAGCAGAUGGUGUCGAUGACGACGAGGGCAGCAUCAGCCUCAAUAGCGAGGAUGUAGAUGAUGACGAAGAUGACGAGGGCGAAGACGACGAUGAAGACGACGACGACGAUGCGCUCGAGGAGGUCGGCACAGCCUCUCCCUCCAGAAAGAGAAGCAAGACCGAGCCGACACUCGACCAACAGACUGCAAAGCGAGUCCGCAAGAGACCCGAUCUGGCGGCGGCAGCUUCUGCCAAGCGACAGAGAGCCGAUCUCGAUGUCGUCGAGGCGUCGCGGCAUGAAUUCCUUGAUGUCGACGAGAUCGCCGAAUCGAAUGGCCAGCCACUCAAUCCCUCGAACUCGAACGAGUCGCUGUCCCAGUUCGGCCAAGAGCGUAUUGAGCAGUCCAGAUCCACCGAACCCAUCGAGUGCAUUGAGGACCUGGACGAUGCCGAGGAGUACAGCGAAUGUGACGAACGAAACGACAAGAACUCCGAGAGCGGCGCUGACAAACCACCCCAGGACGGCCCAGGUGCUCUGCCAAGUGCAAUGAUGAGCAUCGACAUGGAGAUGGACGACUUUGAGUUGCUCUAGCGGAGCCAGCGGUCUCGCGCCGCUCUUUAAAGCUUGCUCGGAUUGAGCGGGACAGCGUGCCUAUAAGUGUCACCCCACAGUGAUCUGCAUGGCCCAGUGGGCCGACCCUGGGAUUGCACUCCUGUCUUGGUUGGCAACCCAGUGGGUUUGUCUAGUUGCGGGAGCACAGGCUUGAAUACAUCCGGUCAGCCCCCUGUGACGAUGAUCGACUGGCAUCGAUAUCGUGAUGUGGUGCAAACAUUCGGCCGUCUGGAUAGCCUCCGUAGCUUCCUCGACGUCAAGAGAGUCGGAUCGAUUGGCCUCCAGGCACCACGAGCGCACCUGGCCAUAGUGGACGAUCGAUAGGCGUGUACUCAGGUCCC